AAGGGGAGGCGGGGUGGGCAGCUCCUAGCAUCAUGGAAAAUACAAUGGCAAGCCACGCAAUGACAGCAGACGCAGAUCCUCUAGCUCCAGCACAAGCAAGCUGUUCCAUCACCCAAGGCAGCUCUUCAAUUCUGGCUCCACAAAGCCAAGAAUUAUCCAUCUGCUAAAGUCACUCUCUGCAGUCCUUUGGAAGCAGUUUUCUCUUUGAGAGUGCAAUUUGCUUCCAUCCCCCAGCACACACGUACAUCACCCAUCCUUCGGCAUUUAUGCUCUUGUACCAGACGUGGUGGGGACAAGGAGAUUAGACAGACAGACAGCAGCUCUCCCCGGACAAGGCCAGCAGCUACUGUGUCUGUGUGGGCUGUGGGUACUCCUCCUGCCUGGAUACUGGCUCCAGGAGCUUGGCCUGGCCAACUCUCCCAGUCUGAGACGGACGACUGGAACCAGAAGGGGACUUGACUCUUCACCUGGGAGGAAUUGAGGAGAAGUCACAGAAUCCCCUCAAAGAAGGGCCCAAAAGGAAGAUGUUGCACAACCGUGCUCAUAGGAGAGUCCUUGACAUGAGGGGAGAUCCUAUGGCUUUGUAGCAGAAGUCGAGGAGACCUGAGUGGGUGGAGACACAAGUCAGGAGGAGAGGACGUAAGGCUCUUGUCCAGGAUGAGUUACAGCACACCCUCUGGACGUGAUUUGUACCUCAGCACCAGUACCACCUCCGAGCCAGACCCAGGGUCAGCCAUGGACAGGACUGUACCAGAAACGGCUACUAUUAGCCCUGGUACCACCAGCUUUAACAGCACCAAAAUGCCAGAUGUGGUCAGCAGCACGCCUGGCCUGGGCACAAUGCUGCUCUCCUUUGGAAUUAUUACUGUGAUUGGGUUGGCUGUAGCUAUGGUUCUCUAUAUCAGGAAGAGGAAGAGGCUGGAGAAGCUGCGGCACCAGCUCAUGCCCAUGUACAACUUCGACCCCGCGGAAGAACAGGACGAGUUGGAACAGGAGCUGCUGGAGCAUGGGAGAGAUGCAGCAUCUUCUCAGGCCACCCAGAGCAAGCAGAGGGACGGCGUAUAAAAGUAAGGGAUUCUGACUAAAUGUUACAAGAAGAAAUACAGGAUGGAGGGAGAGAUGCAUAAUGAAGAGCUCAUUCAGGUAAUAAAAGGGAGGAAAAACAGUGGCCAUGCCACACGGCAAUCCCAGCAGUAGGGAAUGCAUCACCUGCACAGAAUAGACAGUACCAGGACCCCUCAGAGCCCAGUGGGGCCUGCUACCUAAAGCUGCCUCGGAUGAAAAACAGCAGCAUUUGCAAUAGUAAGUGAGAACAUCCAGAUGGCACCCACCAUUCAGCAUAUGGCAGGUUUCAUAGGUUCGGAGAGCUGCAACAGUGUGGAAGUGACUGCCUUGUCCAUACACGUAUUGAUAAAGAGAGGAGUCAUUCAAAGGGUGCAUGGAGAGAAAGUGUUGCGUGUUGCUAUACUACGUCGAAUGAUCCGGAUUGUCCGUUGGUGUAAAUUGGCUUGUCUCCACUGACUUCAGUAGCUGGCCCAAUAUAUAUUUGGCUCACAGAUUUAUUAACCCCCGAGUUUUAUAAUCAGCCCUAGUGAUGAAUGUAGGUUAGAUGCUGUGGAGUGUAUGGACAGACUUCUGGUUUUUGCCUGUAUCCCUGCCAAUCCCUGCUUUGUCUUAUCCCUCACUGCUUCAUUGCAGAUCCUCCUGACGAGCCAGGGAACCCUCCAGAGGCCCAGCCGACUUGUGUUCACAGAUGUGGCUAACGCUAUCAAUGCAUGAAUGACACCUGGCGCUGCUUUGGAUGACACGGAGAUCGGGACGGACAGAGCCAGCCAGUUACAUACCAUGAGCCUGGAUGACGAGUCUGCCGGCCUCCCCAUCAGUUUGUGCUGCACCUGGUGUUGGGCAUUAACACACUUCAGGAAGCAAAUGCUUGGUCAUGGCUGCAGCCACUUUUGGGGCCUCCAUCUCUCUCCACCAACGGGCCCUGAGCUGCCAUGCUCAGAGCUCAGGAGCGAUCCUGGUUAGUGCCGUUUUACCAAGCUGUGCCGGGAUGAAGAUGCAGCUUCAGGACAGUUUGUAUCAGUCAGACCGCAAGCCCCUACUGAGUCAUUGGAUGGUGGUGGGGUGAGAGCACUUGUGAAGGGCCUUUCCCGUGGUAACAGCUCAUGAUUGGAGUCCUGCAGUGUAAUCUGAUGGUUUUCACGGAGCUUUGGUAGGUCCCUGGGUGUGAGUUGAGCCCCCUUGAUCUGGGAGGCCGCUGUGCCUGCUCCGCAGCAGUGCCCCAGAGCACAUGAUGCUUAUCCAUCUUGCUUCUUGUGCUGGCCAGGUUAUUCAUAACACGCUCGUGGGCGAACACUCAGAGGUUGCUUGUGGGCUUCCCCUGGGUUUCUGCAGCACGGGUGUUUCGCUCGUUUUAAAAGGUGAACCAAAGAGCUUUGGGUAAACAAACAUUUGAAUUAAAUCUAGAGAGAGGAAAUGGUGGGAUGUCCCAAAUCAGAGGGACAAGCCACUCAGCUCCUAGACCCGGGCUCACUCGUCUCCUUCUGUGGGACUCCCGCUGGCUUAGCUAGCAGAGGCAGCGAUUGGUGAGCAGACACCACAGCGGUGGAGUUGGUCUGACAACAGCUGGGCGCUGAUGUAGUCCCAUCCACUCCUGUGCGUUGGCUGAUGGAAGCUGGUCCUUGCAGAGCAAAGUUUUAUGAGGAACGAGGAGUAACAGCCUGAGGAAAGGGGGUGCGUGUGCAUGGGUGUGAGAGAGAAAAUUACAAAUAAAUACAUUUCAGUAGAAAAGUCUGAUCCUUACCUAUUU